AUGACCAAUGGUACCACCCACGAGGACCACCACACCACCACUAAUGGAGAUGCUCACGAAGACCCCGCUACCGCCCUCCAAGCUCUCUCCCAUCACUACCCCGAAAAGGACGGCAUCUCCAUCCACUCGCUCAUGGACUCGGACAAAAUGGGCGGCCUGACAUACAACGACUUCCUCCUCCUCCCCGGCCACAUCGGCUUCCCCGCCUCCGCCGUCGACCUCACCUCCCACUUGACCCGCCGCAUCUCCCUCAAGACGCCCUUCACCUCGAGUCCCAUGGACACCGUCACCGAGGCCAACAUGGCCAUCCACAUGGCGCUGUUGGGCGGAGUAGGGGUGGUGCAUCAUAACUGUAGUGUCGAGGAGCAGGCGGAGAUGAUUCGGAAGGUGAAGAGGUUCGAGAACGGCUUCAUCACCGAUCCCGUGUGUAUCUCGCCGGAGACGACGGUGGCGGAGGCACGGGCGUUGAAGGAGAGUUGGGGAUUCGGAGGGUUUCCCGUUACUGAGGACGGCAAGCUACGCAGCAAGCUCCUCGGUAUCGUCACACCGCGCGACACCCAAUUCCACUCCAACCUGGACUCACCCGUCACCGAGAUCAUGUCCACCAACCUCGUCACAGCCUCCCAAGGCAUCUCCCUUGCGGAAGCAAACGACAUCCUCUCGAAGUCGAAGAAAGGCAAACUCCCCAUCGUCGACCAACACGGCAACCUCGUCUCCCUCCUCUCGCGCUCCGAUCUGAUGAAGAACCUACACUACCCACUCGCCUCCAAAGUCCCAGGUACAAAGCAGCUCCUUAGCGCUGCGGCCAUAGGAACGCGAGAACACGAUAAGACCCGUUUAGCGGCAUUGGUGGAAGCGGGACUUGACAUCGUCGUCCUCGACUCAAGCCAAGGCAACAGCGUCUACCAACUCGACAUGAUCACUUGGAUCAAGCGCACAUACCCCGACCUGCAAGUUAUUGGCGGCAACGUCGUCACCCGAGACCAAGCCGCACCAUUAAUCGCAGCAGGCGUCGAUGGGUUGCGUAUAGGCAUGGGCGCCGGCUCAGCCUGCAUCACUCAAGAAGUCAUGGCCGUGGGCCGUCCGCAAGCAACCUCCGUCUACAAAGUCUGCGAGUUCGCGGCACGAUUCGGCAUCCCAUGUAUCGCGGACGGCGGCAUCCAAAACGUCGGCCACAUCGUCAAAGCCCUCGCUCUAGGCGCCAGCACAGUAAUGAUGGGCGGACUUUUAGCAGCCACCACCGAAUCGCCAGGCGCUUACGUGGUAGGCCCCGACGGCCAACUGCGGAAGACGUACAGAGGUAUGGGCAGUAUCGACGCGAUGGAGGACCGUAAAGCCUCCGGCACCUCAUCCAAAACCUCCCCCACCUCCUCCUCCACCUCUUCGCGAACCACGACGGGAGUCUCCAACACCGCCCUCAACGCCGGCACGGCGCGCUACUUCUCCGAAGGCGACAAACUCCUCGUCGCGCAAGGCGUUUCCGGCAGCGUGCUGGACCGCGGCAGCAUUACCAAGUUCGUGCCGUACCUGAUGGCGGGCGUGCAGCAUAGUCUGCAGGAUGUCGGGGUCAAGAGUCUCGGGGAGUUGCAGGCGGGGGUGAGGGAUGGCGGGGUGAGGUUCGAGUUCCGCACGGCGAGUGCGCAGGCGGAGGGCGGGAUUCAGGGGAUGGUUGGGGUGGAGAAGAAGUUGUAUGCUUGA